ACCAGCGAGUAACGGCAUACGAGCGCUCGCAGAGAAAUCGCUAAUCACGAACGGCGGACGACAAAAACCCAAAGAACAGGCAGGAGGAAAAAGGCAGAAAAAAAGAAAGCAGCCAAUAUAGCAGCAGUUAAAUAAUUAAAAGUGCCAGACCGCUGGAAAGUGUGCUAAACUAUUUUUUUUUUGACAAGUUAUUUUCGAGUGAAAAGCCGUGUGGAAAACUGUCUAGCAGACCAAAUACGAAAAACACCAAACACACAGUUCACAAAGUAAACAUUGCCAGAGGAGUACAUAAAAAAAGUGUCGAGCAUAUAUAAAAAAUAAUAAUAAUAAAAGAAAAACGAAAAAAUCUCGGCGGCAGCGUUGCCACCCGGUGAGAAAGAAGGGAGCUUCGAGCCAGCGAGUGAGUUUCGGCGAACGGUAUUUUUUACUGCUACAUCGCGUUUCCCCUCCGUCGCAGUCGGCGUCGACGUCGACGUCGACAGUGGUAGUGGCAGCGGCGGCUCUGCUGGUAGACAUACUCCCUUCUCCCCCGUCACGGAUCCUUUAUAUUUCCCGAAAAACAACAUAAAAUAAAUAAAAAAAAGAUAAAACGAAAUAGAAAAAAAAAGAAAAACCUGCAGUAUACAACGGGUAAAAAAAGCUUCCAAAAAGCAAUGCAACAACAACAAGCGCAGCAGCAACAUCGCCACCAACAACAACAACAGGAACAGGAACAAAAAGUGUAGUGGGUCGCACGCGCGACUUGUGUGUGUGAAUAAUGAAGAAGAAGCAGAAACAACAACAGCAGCAGGAGCAGCAGCAGCAGCAGAGGCAGAGCAAGGCGCCAUCUGAAGCGGAAUCGGAGACUGACCGCCCCGCCAGCAACAACAAAAAGCAUUCGCCAGCAGCAGCAACAACAGCAGCAGCGGUAGCAACAGCAAGCAAGCGGCGACAAGCGGUCAUCAGCAGCAGCAGCGGUAGCAACAACAACAGUCGUAGUCGCAGUCGCAGCCGCAGUCGCAAUCGCAGUCGCAGUCGCAGCAACAGCAGCAGCAGCAGUUGCAGUAGCAGCAGCAGCAGCAGCAACGCUAGCGUCGGCAGCGACGCCAGCAGCAUGUCCAAAACAAGCAGCGGGAAUCCGAGUGCAGCAGCAACACAAGCAGCACAGGCAGCAGCAGCAGCAGCCGCCGCCGCCGCAGCAGCAAAUGCCGCCGAUUUCAGUGCGUUCGAUUUCAACGAUAGUUCCGAUAACUCCGACACGCCCCUGGUGCCACGCCCACCCUUCCUGAGUCGCGCCGCUGCAGCGGCCGCAGCAGCAGCAGCGGCGGCAGCCCUCAGCAUCAACAACAAUAGCAACAAUUCGGCGGGAUCCGCCGGCCAAAUGCCGCACAGCACCAGUAGCAGCAACAACAACAUUAGCAGCACCAACAACAAUGGGGCCAAUGCCGCCAACAGCAACAAUAACAACAACAACAAUAACUAUGGCCGCAGCAGCAGUCGCAGCAGCAGCAGCUCACAAAGCAGCCUGGACGAGGAGGAGGACGACGAGGAGGAUGAAGAGGAGGAGGAGGAGCAGGAGCAGCAGCAACAGCAGCAGCAACAGCAACAGCAACUGGCGGCAGAGCAGCAGCAGCGGGCAGCGGCAGCGGCGGCAGUAGUGGCAGCGGCGGUCAGUGCGCUGCACAAUGGCAACAAGCAGCAGCAGCAGCAGCACUACAACAAUAAUAAUAACAACAAUAAUGGCAACAGCAAGACGCGAGAUCGCGACGAUCACCUGCAGGUGCAGCAGCAAUCGCAGCAGCAGGCGCAGGACGAAGAGGAUGAGGAGGAUGACUACGAUGAGGAUGAGGAGGAGGACGAGGAGGAGCACCAACAGCAGCAGCAGCAACAGCAGCAGGUAAACCGCCACCAGCAGCAGCAGCAGCAGCAGGGCAACGGGCAUGAUCUCACGCCCACCGACCUGCGACAUGUGUUGCCCGCCAGUCAUCACGAUCAGCAACAGCAGCAACAUCAGCAGCAGCAGCAGCAACAGGAGCCAGCUGUGUACGAUGACGACGGCGAGGAGGAGGAGGACGAGGACGACGAGGAGGACGAGGUGGCCAGCAGCCACUUGGACAGCCGCGCCACCCUCUCCUCCGCCCACUUGAACAGCGCUGCUGCCGCCGAGAGCAGCGGUCUCCACAUGAGCGCCGUGGCAGCGGCGGCGGCAGCAGCGGCGGCUGCGGCGGCAGCGGCAUCAGCGGCCAAGCUGAGCGCGCAGCUGGAGCAGCAGCAGCAGCAGAGCGCCAACAGUGCUUUGGACAUGGCCGGCGGUAGUGGGGCCACGCCCAUUGCACCGCCACCGCCGAGUAGUUUGCUGGGCGGCAACAGCAACACCAGCUUCUCGACCAACAACAACAGCAACCACGCCCUCAGCUCGACGCACGGCAGCAUGGGGGCGGGCGGUCAGGGCACGAACUGCAGCAACGAUCUGCUGGCCGCCGGAGGAGGAAACUCCCGGGGAGGUUCCUCCUUGGGCCUCGGAAUUGGAGCCUCCAGCGCGGCACUGCAGCAACACCAGCAGCAGCAGCAACAGCAGCAGCAGCAGCAUGGCGGCAGCAGCAGUGCGGCGAGCGAGCGGCGCAAGUACCGCCACCAGAACUACAGUAAAAACAUCUACAUCGGCACCAAGAACGCCGAGAAGUGGGAGCACAUGCGCACCCGGCUGCAGUUCAAAAACGACGUGGAGUUCGUCGCCUACCUUCUCAACUUGGCCGACAACGACACGGAUCGCCUAAACAACCUGCCACCGCCCUCUCCCGCGCACACGCCCACCAAAGGCUUCGACGGCAACUUCAAGCUGGAACCGAAUCUCAGCGCCAAGGACUUCGCCGCGCCACCCGAAUCCUCGAUCAACGGCAACGGCAGCGGAAACGGGAAUGCGAGCGGAAACGGAAACGGUGACUCCGCCUCCGCAGCCUCCGUAUCGAUGGCCACGCCCACGCCGCCGCAGCGCAAGCGGUACAAGAAGCGCGUUCAGUUCAGCUCGGAGGCGCUGAACGGCUUCGCCGGCAAAGGCAAGGGCGGAGCGGGCGGAGCAAGUGGAGCCAGUGCAGCGGGCGGUGGCUACGCCUACGCCAAGUCCAAGAAGCAGGAGGCCAAGGCGGCAACGGCGGCCUUGAAAGCGGGCGCAGCAGCAGCGGCGGCAGCGGCGGCGGCCGCCUCUUCCAAUUUGCCGGAGGUCCUCGACUGCCGCAUCGCCGAGAAGAUCAAGAGCGAGCUGGAGGCCAACAGCAAGGAGUCGCUGCCAAAUGCUCUGUGCCUCAAGAAGGCCGCAGCGGCAGCAGCGGCGGCAGCGGCAGCGGCGGCAGCAGCAGCAGCGGCGGCGAACGGCAGCGAGGAGGAGGACGAGGACGACGACCAGCCGCAGCACCCGCACCUCCUGCCCGUUCUGCCGCCUUCGGACGUCGUCGAUGGGAUCUCCGCCAGCAAUGGGCAGGCGGGCAACUUCCAUGUGCGCUCCAAGUCGCAGGGCACCAAGAAAUCGCAAGCGGCCAAGGCGGCAGCAGCGGCGGCGGCGAUGAUGCCGCCCAACUCCUACGACGAGCACGAGGACGAGCCGGGCGCAGGACUCGCCGGGAACGAGGAGGACGACGACGAGGACGAGGAGCUCGACGAGGAGGCCCUCGCGCGCGAAAUGAAGAUGGAGCAGAACUUCGUGGAGGAGGAGGAUGAGCACGACAUCGCCUUCCGCUCGCAUCAGUCCUGUCGCGAGUGCUCCAUUGCCCACGACCACAAGCUCUGUCCGCUGAGGAACGCCUGCGGCAACGUGACCGAUGCCGUGGAUCUGGGCGAGUGGAUCGAGCGGCGGAACCUGGAGGCGCUGGCCAAGCUGAAGGCGGACGCCCAGCGUCAGGCGAAGCGGGCCAGCGGCAGGCAGCGGCACGAGGACGACGACAUGGAGGAUAUGGAGGACAUGGACAUGGACAUGGACGAGUCCUCGCAGCUGUCGGAGCUGGAGACCAAGCCGCUGAUCACCUUCGCCGAGGCCUCCGUGCCGGCGGAGUUCGAGCUGCACAACGUGGAGCCGAAUGUGACCGGCGUGUUCGCCCGAACGGAGGUGCGCGCCUUCACCAAGCUCGGUCCGCUCAUCGGCCAGCCGGUGCAGACCGGCGAGGUGCGCGAGGGCAGCGACAUGAAGUGGAUCUUCGAGAUGUGCGAGGCUGGCGCCGACAAGUCGUACCUGCUGUGCUGCGACAACCCGAACGCCUCCAACUGGCUGCGGUUCGUGCGGCCGGCGCCCAGCUACGAGGAUCGCAACGUCAACCUGGUGUCCAUCGAUCGGCAGGCGUACUUCGUCAGCUGCCGCGACCUGCGCAACGGGAUGGAGCUGCUCUACUGGAGCGACGACUGCAACACCAUGUGGCGCAAGAAGCACACCGAGAAGACGAACUGCGGCGGCUGCAACCUGAAGUUCGAGCACCCGCUGUACUACCGCACCCACUGCUCCGUCUUCCACGACCCCUCGAUGAGUCUGACCAUCCGCAAGUACCACUGCAAGGUGUGCGGCGAGCCGGUGCUGGGCAAGGACAACAUCAUGAAGCACGCGGCGGAGAAGCACGACGGCAAGGGGGCGUACCAGUGCCAGUUCUGCAGCAAGUUCUUCCUGCGGCUCAACUACCUGGAGAUGCAUCGCACCUACGGAUGCGCCUCGAAUCCAAAUCGGUCGCGACCCGUUUGCGAUUUCUGCGGAAGGAAGUUCUGCCAGCCGCAAAAGCUGAAGGCGCACAUCAAGCGCAUGCACAGCGGAUCGCGAGCGGCACUGCAGCGCCACUCGAAGGAGGUGCACAGCCGCAACUCGACGGUGGUGAGCUGUCCGCGCUGCCAGAAACUCUUCCAGAACCGCAGCAAUCUCAAGAUCCACAUGCUGACCCACUCGGGCGUCAGGCCGUUCAAAUGCGCCGAACCGGAGUGCAAUGCGGCGUUCACCACCAAGCAGUGCCUGCAGUUCCACUACAAGAAGGUGCACAACUACACCCAGG